GACGGAAAUCCCCCUUAAAUCACGCAUGCGCAGCGGGUGGAGCCUGCGGAAGGUCUUUUUGUUUGGAGACUCGACAUCGGUUUGAUUCCUCUGGUUCAGCACCGCGUUUUUUAUCUGCAUUAAAUUCGGGUGUCUUUUAUGAAUAAUCAAAAGCAGCAAAAGCCAACGCUAACAGGCCAGCGUUUCAAAACGAGGAAAAGAGAUGAAAAGGAGAGAUUUGACCCUACUCAGUUUCAAGAAAGUAUCGUACAAGGCUUGAAUAAAACUGGCACUGACUUGGAGGCGGUUGCAAAGUUCCUUGAUGCCUCUGGCGCCAAGCUCGACUAUCGCCGCUAUGCAGAGACACUCUUUGACAUCCUGGUGGCUGGCGGAAUGCUGGCCCCAGGUGGAACUCUCUCCGACGACAUGACCCGUACUGAAUUCUGCCUUUUCACGGCACAAGAAGACCUGGAGACGAUGCAAGCAUAUGCUCAGGUUUUUAACAAGCUGAUCAGGCGUUACAAGUACCUGGAAAAGGGUUUUGAAGAGGAGAUCAAGAAGUUGCUGCUGUUUUUAAAGGGGUUCACUGAGUCUGAGCGCAACAAGCUGGCUAUGCUGACUGGCAUCCUGCUGGCCAAUGGCAACAUAUCGGCCUCCAUCCUGAGCAGUCUCUUCAACGAGAAUCUCGUCAAAGAAGGAGUGUCAGCAGCCUUUGCUGUCAAACUGUUCAAAUCUUGGAUCAAUGAGAAGGACAUCAACUCUGUUGCUGGCAGUCUCCGCAAAGUGGGCAUGGACAACCGGCUGAUGGAGCUUUUUCCUGCCAACAAACGGAGCUGCGAGCAUUUUUCUAAGUAUUUCACCGACGCUGGGCUCAAGGAGCUCUCUGACUUUGCCCGCAACCAGCAAUCUAUUGGUGCCCGCAAGGAGCUUCAGAAGGAGCUCCAGGAACAGAUGUCUCGUGGAGACCCGCAAAGGGAGAUUAUUGCGUUCACGAAAGAGGAGAUGAAAAAGGCCAACCUCUCCGAGCAGACCAUGAUCAGCAUCAUUUGGACUAGCGUGAUGAGCUCGGUUGAGUGGAACAAGAAGGAAGAGCUAGUGAACCAACAAGCCAUCAAACACUUGAAGCAAUACAGCCCUCUGCUGAAAGCCUUCACCUCCCAGGGUCUGUCUGAGCUCAGUCUGCUGCUGAAGAUCCAGGAGUACUGCUACGACAACAUCCACUUCAUGAAUGCCUUCCAGAACAUCGUGGUGCUCCUAUACAAAGCGGAUGUAUUGAGCGAAGAGGCCAUACUCAAGUGGUACACGGAAGCCCACCUCGCCAAGGGAAAAAGCGUUUUCCUCGAACAGAUGAAAAAAUUUGUCGAGUGGUUGAAGAACGCCGAAGAAGAGUCCGAGUCUGAGGAAGAGGAGGCGGACUGAGAACCUCCACCGCCAUUUUUUUUCUUUUUCUUUCUUUCUUUCUACAAGUAGGGACAGGAGCAGUAGAAUGUCUUUCCCCCUUUUUAUCGCUUCUACCUCCUGUUGGUUAUGCCCUUCCUCCACUCCAAAAUAUCCGAGUCAUCUCAAUAUUUUUAGGUGUUGAGGCUCAAUGAUGAGGUCUGUACAUGAUGAAUCUGUUCUGACGUCUUUCAUGGUAAAAUCCCUCUGUAAUUUGGAUCGAUCAUUCUGUGUGUCCCCCUCCUUUCCAACUGAAUCGGGAUGCGUCACUUACUUUUGUAAGACAUGGCCUGUUCGUACACUUUGCCAAAACGUUGUGCCCUCUAUUCGGAACCUUCCCCACAAACCAGGCCUUCUCUCUUCGACUGGUGGGUAAAUGCUGCCGAGAGUUGCUCCAGUCAGAAGACGUACCCCAUUGUAAGAUGCCUCGCCAGCUCAUUUAUGGUUUCUACUUUCUUUAAUCUGAUAAAUCAAUUGACUUUUAUAUGAAAUAAAGAUUAUUCAAAUGCC